UUUUCACAACUGCUAUGACCUGAUUACAACACAGCACGAGCGAACAGGGGUGGCAUAAAGUAGCCAAACUAAGGUGGAUCCGGCGCUUUUAGUAGAGCGGUUUUCUUUCUGACAUCCCUCAGCAACAGCUCGAGGGCAGUCAAAGUGUAGCUGCACUUCCGAUGCCCAUAUUUGGCAAGCCUCAGCGAAGCGUGAGUGCAGGAAAGCAUCUUGGAGGAAAAUAUGAUAGCUCUUCUCUGUCGUGUAACAAAAGGAAAAGAGCCAAACGUCUUUUUUUCUCCCAGAAGUUGAAAGUGUAUUUGUGUUGACAAACCACAGAAGUCCUAUUUGCGUUGAUCCGCAGGAACUCCCACCGCAGGAGAGACACGCAGGAAAAUAAACAAUUCCACAUCACAAACUGCCAAGAGCCACAGACCCUGUGAGAUCACCAUGACAGCCUUGCUGGACCUGAAGAGCAGUGUGCUGAGACAGGUGCAGAGGAGCCAAUCACUGAGGAGCAGGAGGGAAACGCCAUCGACCCCCAGCAGUCCCCUCACACACUGCCCUGGCCCACUGCCCACCAGGGUCUCCGAGGAGAGCAUGGAGUUCUUUGAGCGCACGAGCAGCAUCCUCCAGAAGCAGGAAAGCAUGCUCUGGACAGCCCAGGCGGAGAGUCAGCGGGGCGCCAGUGUGGUGGCCCCGCCCCUGGAGCACGUGGACCAGGCCUUCAUCAGCGACCGCACCAGCAGGAGAGAGCUGGACCUGCUGUAUGAAGAGGCUGUGUACACGGUGGUGAACAGAGUGGGGGUGCCCUCUCCGGAAUACAUUUCAAGUGAAGAAGAGAUGUUCACCUAUCUGAGAAAGGUCUUUGAUAUUGGUGAGGAGGAGCACGACAUCAUUCUCCAGAAGGUCCACGAGUCCAAGCGAGCUUCUUUCUCUCUGAGGGUGUCUGUCAUUAAAGCCAAGAAUCUCAUGGCCAAAGAUGCAAACGGCUACAGCGACCCCUAUUGCAUGCUGGGACUUCUGCUGGGCCAGAGCCCUAGGGAGCCUGAGGAGAAGAAGGAGAGGAAGUUCAGCUUCAGGAAGAGGAAGGAGAAGCUGGAGAAGCGAGCCAGCACCAAGGAGGUGCUGGCGGCCACGUGCAUCCAGGUGACCGAGGUCAAACCCGAGACCCUCAACCCGGUCUGGGACGCACACUUCGUCUUUGACAUCGAUGACGUCCACAACGAUCUGCUGCAUCUCGAUAUAUGGGACCACGACGAUGACGUCUCCGUGGCUGAAGCCUGCAAAAAGCUCAACGAAGUCAGCGGACUCCGAGGGAUGGGCAGGUAUUUCAAACAAAUCGCCAAAUCGGUGCGCGCCAACGGAUCGGCGUCGUCGGGCUCCGAGGAGAACGCCGACGACUUCCUGGGGUGUAUCAACAUGCCCCUGAACGAAUUACCGGUGAACGGCUUUGACAAGUGGUUCAAGCUCGAGCCCCGAUCGAGUGCGUCUAAGGUUCAAGGAGAGUGCCACCUCAUCAUGAAGCUCUUCACCAAUCAGAGGGACACAACCUUGACAAAGAGGGAGACCAACGUGGCCAUUCACAAGAAGUUACUGACCCAGAUUCUGGAGUAUGAGCAUGCCAAUGUAAAGAGAGAGCCCUAUAACUGGAACGGACUGGUGAGCCCCCCCGCCUGGACCCUGCUCACACACCACGCUGUGCAGACCGACCUCUCCCCUCUGCAGCAGGCCAUUAUCCGCUGGCAGUGCUACAGCAGCCACCACCGCGGCCAGAGGCUCUGCUACUCCCUGCUGCUGCGCCUCCUGCGGGCCAUCGACGCCGACUGGGACCCCCCCGCUGUGCGAGGGGACCUGGAGCGUCAGCUGUCAGACAGCUUCAGGCUGUACACGGAGCACUGUCUGUGUCUGAUGAAGAACAUGCGGCAGGUGUUCCCCUGCACCAGCCCGGCAGCCAUCACACGCUUCGAGCUCAUGCUCAGGGGCGUUGGCUACAUGCAGAGCAUGCAGGCAUUUAAGACUGUAUGCCCGCUUCGAAAUGAACUGCACAUGGACAUCACCACCGUUGUUAAGAAAGGAACAGCGGAGUGGUACGAAAAUAUUAUCUCACAAUACAAACCAGAAGAAGGGUCUCUGGAGGAGCAGCUGAAGAGGCUGGUCCAUGUGUUGGAUGCGGUGUGUGCGGACGCGCAGAAGGCUCACCACACCUACAACAAGCUCUUCCACAGUGCCGUGAAGGUGGACUUCUUCAGCGUUUCGUACCGGCAGUUGGAGAAACUGGUCGCGGACGACGUGAACAUCGCCAUGGAGCGGGUGUGUGGCACCCUGGAGCAGGAGAACUCCAAGCUGACUCAGAGCAUGGGGGAGACCAUCUUCGAGCUCUUCAUCUCCCUCAAGAUACUCAAGGGCUACCGGGAGUUCCUGCCUCUCAAGGAUGCUAAAAUGCUAGCCCUGACCGGCUUCCAUAACUGGUUCAAGUCCUCCAUCCACAAGUGGCUGCAGAUCGUCCAUGAGCGGUCAAGCGAUAGGAUCCGUCGUGCAGUGGACAUGGACAAGCUGGAGCCCAUUCUGCAGGACAAACACAGCAGCUCGGCGGAGGAGGUGACGGCCUGCUUCAGCCAGGUCCGGGAGAUCUGGUCCCAGCUGGCCUGGCCCGACUCGGCAGGAGCCUUCAUCUUUGUCACCCGCCUGACGGAUAACUUCUGCAGUGAGGCGGUGUGUUACUCUGAGAUGAUCACGCGCAAGAUAGAGAGGAACCAGCAGGGGCGUGACCACAAAAGCCUCACUGUGCAGCUGUGCAUCGCCCUGAACAACAUGGAGCGGGUGCGUCUCUUCCUGGGCCACCUGCCCCGGGACCUGGAGUGGCAGGUGGUGGAGCGGGCCAUGGAGGAGUCGUGCGGGGCGGAGGGCAAGGAGCAGGUGUACAAGGCGCUGAACGGGCAGCUGUACAACAUGGACCUGGACCUGCAGAGGGAGGCCCAGCGGCUCAUCACCCUGCUCACCGACAAGAUGCUCCCGGAGCUACGCCGGUACAUCCAGCACAUCAGCCUGUCCCCGGACUCCAUCAACAACGACGAGGCAGUGGCUCCUCUCAUGAAGUACUUAAACGACACCAUGGUCAUCUUUACCGAGUCACUCGUAAAGGAGAAUCUGACAAGGGUUCUUCAGAGCAUGUGGAGCCUUCUCCUCCAGAUGAUCCUGGACACGGUGGCGGAGAACAGAGGAGUGCAGGAGGAGUUCUACAACCGCUUCCAGUACACCGUGGAGACCCUGCUGCAGUUCUUCCACGCCGAGGGAAAUGGCCUCACAAUAGAGGACAUGAAGAACUCAGACCACAAGGUCCUGGAAGAGGAGCUGAAAAUGAACAAGUGCUCGUCCUCUGAGUUGAUUGAGCAGUACUUCCUGGAGAAGAUCUCCCAGCAGAGGACUCUGAAGCACACGCGCUUCGGCCGAAUCAGUGUCAAGUGUUACUAUGACGCCCCGGAGCAGCGUCUCACAGUGGAGGUCCUCCACGCCGCCGACGUCAUCGCCCUCGACGCCAACGGUCUGAGCGACCCGUUUGUCAUCGUGGAGCUGUGUCCCCACCACCUGUUCCCCCUGGCAAAGAGCCAGCGCACGCAGGUCAAACUGAAGACCCUGCACCCGGUCUUCGACGAACUGUUCCACUUCCAAGUGAGUCCCGAGCAGUACAGACACAGGUUUGCAUGUCUGACCUUCACCGUCAUGGACUACGACUGGCUCUCAACCAACGACUUCGCCGGGGAAGCCUUGGCCCCCCUCAGUGACUUCUGCUGGCCGGGGCGACCCAACGCAUCGGCGACCGGCAAGAGCGUCCAGCCGGUCAUCCUGCACCUCUCCCGCAACAAGCCCAGCGAGAAGCCAAUCAUGAGGAUGCUGGAGGCACGCACUGGAGACAGGGAGGCACAGGAGUUGGUCCGCCGGCUGAAGGAGAUCGAGAAGUCCAUGGACGAGGAGUAAGGGGAAGGGGAGGCGGCGGGUCGUUCCCGUGGCUCUCCUCUGCAGCACGGCUUGCUGCUCCGACCGCAUUUUGUGACCACGUGCUUUUGUACUUUGUUGUAUCACGUAUGCAAUAUAUGACGUUUUUCUUUGUUUUUGUUUCUUAUCAAAAAUCUAUCGUACGUGCAGUCAUGAUUAUGCCAAAAUGACCACCGCGCAAGAAGCAAAAGAAGGGAGGCGCUGAGGUGGUCACCGUUCUCCGGAGAGUGUGGAAGUGUCGCAUCCCGUCACUGUGCGUCUCGGCUUCAAACUAUAUUCGAGAAUCUAAUGACUAGUUGAUACUGAAUGUUGCUAACUACUCUAUUUUCUUUUUGUAAAGAGUUCAUGGUUAUCUCUGUCGUUUGUACAAUCUUUGAUAUAAUAGAUUUAACUAUUUUGUGGCAGUAGCUUACAUGGAACAGUAUUAGUCUCAGUAAGUAUUGAAUCUAUACCUCAUACGCGCUCAUGAGUUGUGAAGACACUGUUACAAAAACACAUUUCUGAAGUUGCACAGGAACUAACUGAUCCAGUAUUGACCCACUCAGACGAUCUUAGUAAACGGAUUCCUAGAGAAUAACGAUAUAACAGGGUGUUUUUGCAGGAGAAACCAGAGGUGUUUUCUUUGCCCUUUGUUAAUCACAAUACUAAAGGAUGGAUUGUCAUUAUUUUGAAAGCUGCUCUAAAAGCUGAAGUGGCUGGAGUGGAAGGCCAUGGAUCUCAUUCAAGAUGACAAGCCUGUGUAGCAGCUUAAAGGGAUAGCAACAAAGACAUUUGUUUGCUGUAGAAGCUUCUUUUGAGAAUGCCAGAGAGCACAUGGGUAAUCGGUUUAUUAUAAUUUUGUCCUUUCACUGGACAUAACAUAAUGGUUUGAUACGAUAAGGCAUGUGAACAUUGGAAAUGCUUACACACCAUUGAAAUGCAGUAUAAACUGAUUAAGGAUUUUACACACACGGCUUCUUGAAAGUAGAUAUUUCCUUAUGUUUACAAGUGAAACAUGAUUACCAUAAUUCAUUAUAAACACAUGAUUACCUGCUAGCUAUUUUGUGGAAAGCACAACAUACAUUUCUCAAGCUCACAAGAAACCAUGGCUUCUCUUGCUUUCCAGACAAAGUAGCAAUGAUUUUUUUUUAUCGAUAGCAGCUUAGCUAGCAUGCUAAAAGUAUAUUAGCUUGCAAAGUUUAACUGUUUCUGAUGUAGCAUAUGCAAGCAAAGAAAAAAUAAAUACGAAAAAUAAAAUAAAUCUUCAAAGAAAGUCAGCAAAACAACAAAACAUCGAUAUCAGGUGUUUUAAUGUAUUUUUGUUUAUUUUCGGUUCUAUUAUAUUGUUGUUUUAAUAAUCACUGUUGUAUUAUAUCAAGACAAAAAUGAUGGUGGGGAAAGGUGCUUCUGUAUCAAUGGUUAAAGAAGUAAAUGAAAUACAGAUGAGAAAUGUUUACAAAAUGACCAAUUAACAAGCACCCCCCCCCCCCCCC